AUGUACCGCUGUCUGUCUCUGCUGCUUUUCCUUCUCGUCAACACCGCCCCUUCCGACGCCAGUAUCUUUGCCCGGGGAUCCAAAUCCGUCUUGCGUGCCGCUAGCCGCGCACGUCAUCAUGCGACGGGUCGAAGCGCUGGACUGGUCCGGGACCUGAAGUUAGCAUACUCCGGUGUGUUUGUGAACCAGUAUGCUGCCGAUGAGCCCAGUUCUGGCAGGAUGUAUUGCGUCAAUGUGCCAGGAAAUCAAUCCAUCUUGGAUCACGGCAGUCCGUCUGCGACGGGAACCGUGACUUCUGCAGCGUCUGCUCCUACUAGCAGUGCUGUUGCAUCCUCGCCUUGGAAGCUCACCCAGAGCUAUGAAGGCGACUCGUUCUUUGCAGGAUGGACGUUCUUCACAUACGUCGAUCCGACUGGAGGCAACGUCGAUUAUGUUGACGGGAGUGCCGCGCAAUCUGCGAAUCUUACAGGUAUCAACAGCGCGGGCAACGCAUACCUGAAAGUGGACACGACACCUGUAGUGUCGGGGAAUCGGCAGAGCGUCCGCAUCACGACGGACUAUACCUAUACUGGCGCAUUGGUUGUUCUCGAUGCUGUGCAUAUGCCCACUGGCUGUGGCACCUGGCCCGCUUUCUGGUCCAAUGGCCCAAAUUGGCCUGAUGGUGGCGAGAUUGACAUCGUCGAGGGUGUGAACGACUAUACGAAUGACCAGGUUACGCUUCACACUACGACAGGUUGUGCACUUCCGACCUCAAACUCCACUGCACUCGGAAUCUCUGGCACCCUGGUGAGCUCAGUGGACUGCUCUGUAGCAGGUACAGGCGAUACUGGAUGUGGUAUUCGCGCCAACCAGACGAACUCUUUCGGCGAAGGAUUUAACGCCAUUGGAGGGGGUGUGUAUGCUAUGCAAUGGGAUAACAGCGGGGUAUCUGUGCACUUCUUUACGCGGAGUACAAUCCCCACGGAUAUAACUGCUGGUGCACCGCAGCCCUCCGGAUGGGGCACGCCCAUCGCCAACUUUCCAGCGUCGUCAUGUAAUCCGUCUCAGUUCUUUUACAACCAUUCUGCCAUCUUUGAUACUACGCUGUGUGGGGCAUGGGCAGGAGAUGACUGGGGCGACGCUGGUGUGCCAGGGCAGGCGCAGAGCUGUGCACAGCGGACGAACACGUCGACGUGCCAGGAGUUUGUCGCGAACAAUGGUGCUGCUUUCGACGAGGCUUAUUGGGAGGUCAAGAGUGUCAAGAUCUACCAGACAACCUCAUAG